AUGAAGAUGGACGGUUUAACUGAGGCUCGCCCUUUCAAAAUUGGAUGGAGCGUCGAGUUGAAAGUUUUGCAUUCGUGGAAGUCAUUCGAGCACCAGUUCGGUUCUUCGCUUCAUAUGGUUUUAGAAGACAAAACUGGUGUGGAAAUUCAGGCCAUAUGCAAACAUUCAUUGUUGCAACAUCUCGAAAAAUAUUAUCGUGUUGGAGAAUGGAAAACCCACAACCAUGCUUACAUAAUGGAUUUUGUUAGUCAGACUUCUAUAACGGAUUCAAAUCUCCAAUGCGACAACAGAUUCCUCGAUAUCCAAGAUUUUGCCAGCAUCAAAAAUGGUUCACAUGACACAUCUAUUCUUAUUGAUGUGAUUGGUGAAAUCUUAGACUUUGGUGGUGUCAAUGUUGUUCAAAACGCAAGGAAAGAAGUGAACAAAGUGGAGUUUACACUAAGAUAUAUCAAGUAG